AUGAUGAGAUUUGAUUGCUUCGUUUGGGCCAGAAGUUUGAAGCCGUCUCGAGACACUUCAUCAUGCAUGCAGAUUCGAAAGGCAAACAUCGUCGAAAGCAUGAAGGGGUCCUCGGAUAAUGUUGCGAGGCUCGGGAUAUGUGAGCUUGGCCUUCAUGCAUUUGAGACCGACAUGCCAGCCGAGAUCCUCGAGAUCAUCAGCAAAGAAGACGACUCCAACAAUUCACACGACGUGAUACCAUCAUUGGCACAAUUACUCAGACAUUCAAGAAACUUGGAAGUCGCCUACCUCUGUACUCCAGAAGCCAUCCAAGUAUCUAGAAUUCCCAAAGAAGGAGGUCAUUUCUGCGGCUAUCGCAACAUCCAAAUGCUGUGGUCUGGUCUUCCAAAGGAAGCCAAGGAAAAAUUAGCACUCUCAAAGCCAUCGAUUCCGGAUAUCCAAGCUAUGAUUGAGAAGGCCUGGGACGCCGGCAUCAACGCUCAUGGACGGGUUCAAACAGGCGGAGUCAAAGGAACAAGAAAACACAUUGGAACGAGCGAGGCAGAAGCAAUCCUCCUAAAUAACUCCAUCCCAUGCACAGGCAAGACCUUUAGCGGAUCGGCAGCUUGGUCACAGCUCCUCGACUAUGUGGAAGCAUACUUUGCCUCCUCUCACCUCUCAACAGAAGACGAGAUCAAACAGAUAUCCCUUCCGCCAAUCUUCUUGCAAAGACCCCAUCACUCCAUAACAAUCGUCGGAUUCGAGCGAACAAAGUCUGGCAAGCGUAGAUUACUCACCUUUGAUCCUGCAUGGAGACCACCCAAGCAGAUGACACGGCCGCAACCUUCAAAACCCCACUCAAAAUGGGAUAUCUACUGGACUAUGGAAAGAUACAGAAAGGGCAAACGCUACCUCAAACGCUACAAGGCUUUCGAGACACUAGUAAUUGACAAAAUUGAGCCCAAUCAUCAUGUCAACUGA